CGGCCCCCGCCUGGGCCAGGGCAGCCGGCUGCAGGAGGAUCAGUGGGCCAGCCCUGUGCAGAAGACCCGGGGGUAUGGCCCAGAUUUCAACCGUGAGGCCAGCAAGCCCCUCUCCGCCUGCGCCUCCUCGUCCUCCUGCCAGCUGGAGGCGGCCCCCAGCAAGCCCGGGAAGAAGGCGCCCAAGAGCGGGGGAUGGCAGGACGCGUCCGAAAGCAGCCCAAGCCUGAGUGACCUGAUAUACUCCUUUGCCAGACAGGAAGAAGAUGAAGACGAAGAGGAUACCCAGGCUGAAAACCAUUACCACAACCGCAGCGGCCACCAUCCAUCGAGGUCAAGACGGAGGGAGCCCCAGGUCAGCCUCCACGAUCUCACUGAUAAGAGAUAUGAGGACUUAAUCCCUAAAAGGGACCGAAAGAUCGCAGCUCUGAUGCUGGCCAGGCAUCGGGAUGAUCAGGAGCUAAAAGAAAGGCAGCUGCAAACGUCUGAGACCUGGGAUAAGAUGAGAAGGCGGGAAAAGAAGCUCAAAUCAAGACUGGAGAAAGAAAGGCAGCACCAUCUUGCUGAAAGCCUGGAAAAGUGGCAAAAGGACAGAGAGCACCGGAAAGCCAGGGUCAGGCUAGAAGACCAACAUCUUUUGAAGGCCCGGGAGAAAGAAAUGAUGUCACAGCAGAAGAAGUGGGAAAAACUAGCCCAAGAGCAAGAAAUGAUGCGGAAGGAAAAACUUGAAAGAACUAAACUCCAGGCUGAGUACAGAAAAUACUGUCAAGAAAAGCAACUGAAAGAGAAAAGGUUAGCUGAGAAAAGUGCUAAGCAGUACAAUUAUAAUCUAUUAAAGGAAAAAAUGGCACAAGCCUUUGAAAAAAGACUGUUGAAAGAAAUGGAAGGGAAGAAAAGGAGUCAAGAUCUGAACCAAUAUGAAAAAAACAGGCACCUGAAAGCAAAAAUGGAUCACCAAGUCAAAGCUGAUGAGCUUUAUAAGAGGCUUUCUAUAGAACAAAAGCUUCAAAGAUCUCAAGAAAUCCUUGAUCAGCUGAUGGAAGAAAGGAACAAUGAAUUAAAGGAAAAAUCUCUAAGGGAUGAAGAACAAGGCCUAUUGGCCAAGUUUAGAGCAAAAGAGACAGAGGAAGAAAAAAGAAAGCGUAAAAAUAUGUUGCUGCAGAUAGCGGAGAUGAAGAUUCAGCAAGCUCAAGAAAUGAUGUCUAAAAAUAUCCAAGACAAAGCACAACGUAGCAAGGAAAAUAACUAUUUAAAAGAAAUAAAGCACCAGUUUCGAAAACAAAAAGUUGAAGAUGAUGAAAAAUGUCACCUCCGGGAAAUUCAGGAAGCCAUCAAAAGGAAAGAUGAAAAAAGCAAUAGGAUUUUAAGGGGUAAGGAAGCUGCUGUGGAAGACUCUAGAAAAAUAGCAAGAGCAUCUUAUGACUUGAGAGAAAAAGUGAGAGAACUGAUUAAUAGUCAUUCGUUUGACUAGAUGGCUUUAAGAGUCCAUACAGAGCGAGUCUUCUUAAAGGGAUCUAGAAACACUUACUUAAAAAGAAAAAUUGCAAGCAUUCUUGUGCUAAAAAGAUAGUUUGCAUUCUUACUGUGACUUGCUUAGAAUUCUGCACUGUAUGACACUAAAAUGGUUUCACCCUUAAA